CUGGAGCUAUUUAGCAUGGAGGAGGGACCCCCGAAGGGAGACAUAUCUGCCUUCCAGUGUGGAAAAGGCCAGCCCAUGAAUGAUGAAACAGAUUUGCUCAGUGUUGCCAGAGGGCAGAGGGUGGAGGCGGAUUUCAGCUCCGCAGCGCUGUCCAACAAGGGGCAUAGGCCACACGAGGACAGACGCGCUCCACCCGAGGAGACAUCUAGACACAAGCCUCCCAGAGAGACGGAACAAGAGAAUGUGCUGCAGCGAGUCCUGCAGCUGCCGGUGGUGAGUGGCACCUGCGAGUGCGUCCAGAAGACCUACAGCAGCACCAAGGAAGCCCACCCGCUGGUGGCGUCCGUGUGCAAUGCCUACGAGAAGGGCGUGCAGGGCGCCAGCAGCCUGGCAGCCUGGAGCAUGGAGCCCGUGGUCCGCAGGCUGUCCACCCAGUUCAUAGCUGCCAACGAGCUGGCCUGCCGAGGCCUGGACCACCUGGAGGAAAAGAUCCCGGCCCUCCAGUACCCUCCUGAAAAGAUCGCCUCCGAGCUGAAGGACACCAUCUCCACGCGCCUCCGCAGCGCCAGGAACAGCAUCAGCGUGCCCAUUGCCAGCACUUCCGACAAGGUGAUGGGGGCCGCCCUGGCCAGCUGUGAGCUGGCCUGGGGCGUGGCCAAAGACACUGCCGAGUAUGCUGCCAGCACGCGCGCCGGCCGGCUGGCCUCUGGAGGGGCCGACUUGGCCCUGGGCGGUGUGGAGAAGGUGGUCGAGCUCCUCCUCCCUCCAGCCAAGGAAGAAUCAGGCCCUGCUCCAGGAAGCCAGGGAGCCAAGAAGCCUCCCAAGGCCAAGCCGAGCCUCGUGGGCAGGGUUGGUGCCCUGGCCAACACCCUCUCCCAACACACCUUCCAGACCACAGCCCGAGUGCUGAAGCAGGGCCACGCACUGGCCAUGUGGAUCCCAGGUGUGGCUCCUCUGAGCAGCCUGGCCCAGUGGGGAGCCUCAGCGGCCAUGCAAGUGGUGUCCCGGAGGCAGAGCGAGGUGCGGGUCCCCUGGUUGCACAACCUGGCCACCUCCCAGGAAGAGGACCGUGACGAGCAGACAGACACAGAGGGAGAGGAGACUGAGGAGGAGGAGGAGUCAGAGAUGGAGGAGAAGCAGCUCCGUGAGGUAGCAGCCCAGCCUAGCCCGCGGGGCCUCCUGGGCAGUGUGGCCCACACCCUGCAGAAGGCUGUCCAGGGCACCAUCUCGGCUGUGACGUGGGCACCUGCAGCUGUGCUGGGCACGGCAGGGAGGAUGCUGGGCCUCACACCAGCCCGAGCGGUCUCCUCCACCAAAGGGAGAGCCAUGUCCCUGUCAGACGCCCUGAAGGGCGUGACGGACAACGUGGUGGACACCGUGGUGCAGUACGUGCCGCUCCCCAGGCUGUCGCUGAUGGAGCCCGAGAGCGAGUUCCGGGACAUCGACAACCCGCCGGCUGAGACCGAGCGCCGGGGGUCUGGGGCGCCGCCCUCUGGCCCCGAUUCCACACUGCGCCCGGCUCAGCCCCGAGGCAGCCUACGCAGUGCACGGGGCCCCGGCCUGGAGGACAGGGGGGACCCGCCUGCCUCGUCGCGCCCGGCUUUCCCGGCCGCACCGCGCGAGAAGCCGGCGCGCAGGGUCAGCGACAGCUUCUUCCGGCCCAGCGUCAUGGAGCCCAUCCUGGGCCGCGCGCAGUACAACCAGCUGCGCAAGAAGAGCUGAGCGCCGCACCCCCGCCACCCAUCCCGCGCCUCACCCAGGGAGCCCGGGCCCGUGUGGCCAGCAAGUAAGCAAACCUACACUUCCAAGAGAGCGUUGACUUCUUCAAAGUAGUCCGCUGGGCAGCCUGAGGCUCGCGUCAUCUUUUGAGCAUCCUUUGGGAGUUGAGCCCUCACAGCCAAUUUGUAAGAAGCAUCAGAGCAGCCGCCUUCUUUGAUUGUAUGUCUUGUUUUCUACUAAAAGAUUGCCUAAUUUGAUCUCUUCUUUAACCAAACUUGUGGCGAAAUGACAUUUGACUGUUUCCAAGAUUUUGACCCAUCUACUGUGGACAAAUCUUUGCCACCAAUGAAUUUCGUGUCACUUACCCUGAAGGGCUAAGCAGGAGUUCCGGACACAUUUUUAAGCCCUGAGCUCAGAUUCCUGAACAUCCUGCUUCUCAGUAGGCUACUUUGAAGGAACAACAAUCGGGUGUAAAAGCUCUCGUGUGUUUAUAUAAAAUAUCAGCGUCACUUUGUGUAGCCGGUACCCGACGUUUUCACAGGCUGGGUCCCGGCCUGUGCUCUGUAGCGCCACCUUCUGGCUCAUAGUCAUUCCCAUUUGCAGCCUGACUUCCACCUGCGCAUUUACUCUUUUGAAUUCUGGCACUCCCAAUGCGGCUGGCGGCUGGACGACAGGUGACCCUUCCCCUUAUAAAGUCUAUACUGUAUAGACCGUUCAAGCCCUGUUUUUGAAAAUGUUAAUAUUCGGUAAAUCUAACGAAUGCAUACAUAUAAUUUAAAAUUGAAACACUGCAAAAAGAUUGGAACCCUGAGGUCCUGGUUCCCCUUCACAAAAACAACCACGGUGCCAGUCGCCUGUAUAUCGUUCUAGUUCCAGGCUGUGCACGUGCUAGCACGUGUGUGUGUAUGUACUCCCCAUUUUGUUCGCACACCUGUGGGAUGUUAUACUCACCUGCUCUGUCCACUUAACAAUACAUCUUAGAGAUCUUUUUGUAUCACUAUCAUAAAUCCUCCUUGCACUUUUUAAUGGCCACAUAGUAGGUGCCUCAUAAUGUAGAUGCUAUAAUUGAUUUAACUAGUUCCCUGGUGGAGGACUGUUAGGUUGUUUCCCUUUCUUUCUCUCUCAUUUUUUUUUGUUGUUAUUGCAAACAGUACUGCAAUAAAUGUCCUUAUACAGAG